AUGCGGAACGGUUACGCAGUGUCCUCGAUUGAAAAAAAACAUCAAAACAAAACAGUCUCUCAGCCAGUGACUGGUUUAGAAACAUACGACGUAGACGACUGGUGGGAGAAGUGGCACCCCAUCGCACGAGCAGAGACCAAGCCACCUUGCAUAUUCCGCAAGGAUGCGCAGGGCCGUUCCCUCUACAACCCUUACACCGGUAGUCUGGUUUCCUGGCAGAUUCGCGAGACCGUUGAAGGUUUCCUAGCACGCACUAAAAACGUUGAGAAAGGCUUCAUCCGGGUCGCCAACCCUUAUGCGCCGCCACGCUGGAAGCCGGCCUGGGAGACCUACAGCAAGGCCGGCGAGGAGCGACUGAGGAUGUUUACCGAUUUCAUCAAGUUCUAUGGCUACGGCAACGAGGCCGACGGGAAGCGGGAUCUGGGCAACAUAAUAACGGAGCGGGCGGAGGUUAUGAGGAACCUAACCCGUCUGGCCGACGCUUGCAAACUAAAGGCCGGUAAGUGGUUACUAUACAUACCGCCUGACCGGGUGGAGGAGGUCUGGAGGAAGAUCGCCACGGCCACGGUGAAAAACGAGCUGGGGUCGGAAGCGUGCAUGAGGCGCGGUGGCAUGAAAAGUAGGCCACAAUUGGAAGGCGAGCUGGUGAAGGUCUACUCCAGAGACUUCCGAGACAAGGCGGAGGCUGCGAGACUGCUGGAGAAGCUUGAGAAGCUCGGGGCCCUCGAUCCGAAUAAAGAGUAUUAUUACAAGUCUGUACACCUCGACUGA